CGGUCUCACUUCCUCCAUGACAUCAUCAUGGCGUCCGGACUUAACGAGAUGAGAGGAGUUCGAUGUGUUUGAGUCAUGUUAUUAAUGGUUGCCAAGAUAUCAGUCAACCAAAUGUGGAAUAUCUGAAUCAAACCCAUUAGUUGAGAUGACUGAAGAGAAAACAGACGCUUUGAGUCUGACGGAUGAUGAAGACAAUGAAGAUUCCGAUUAUGAACCGGCACUGCCCGAAAUUCAGGGUAUACUUAGUAAAUGGACAAAUUAUUUACACGGGUGGCAGGACAGAUAUAUUGUAUUAAAAGAAGGAACCCUGAGUUAUUACAAAUCAGCAAAUGAUACAGCGUUUGGAUGCCGUGGGGCAGUUAGUCUUGCCAAAGCAAGCGUGUCACCGCACCAGUUUGAUGAGUGCCGGUUUGACGUGACGGUCAAUGACUGUGUUUGGUACCUACGAAGCGGGUCGGAAGAGGAGAGACUUCAGUGGAUUAAUGCCAUCGAUUUACACAGGGUAUUUCAUAACAUAGAGGUUGAGCAGGCCGAAUCUGGAUAUGGAAGUGAGAAUAACCUCCGUCGUCAUGGAUCUAUGAUAUCCCUCACCUCGGCAGCCAGUCUCUCCACUGCCUCUACUUCCUCAUUCAAGCGUGGUCGUGGUCUCAAAGAAAAGCUUGCGGAGAUGGAGACGUUCCGUGAUAUCCUGUGUCGACAAAUUGAUACACUCCAAAGCUACUUCGACAGCUGUGCCUCGGCUGUCUCCCAAGGAGCCAUACAGGAGUUGACCGAUCCUGAUGAUAUUGGUGACCCAGAUGACCUUCAUGAAAAUGAUGCAGACCACUCAAAUGUCCACUUCCAAGGUCCAAGUGGAAAAGAUUUAGGUGGUCCAUCUGCGUCCAUACUGCAGCAACAUGGAGGACAUGCUGUGGACUUCAAAGGGGAGUCCUUUACCUUCAAAGCCACCACAGCUGGUAUCAUAGCAACUCUGUCCCACUGUAUGGAGCUGAUGGCCCAACGAGAGGAAGCAUGGAGGAAACGACUGGAAAAAGAGGUUGAGAGGAGGAAAAAACUGGAAGAUGUCUACAAAACCACUGUGUCUGAUCAAAGUAAACCAAGACUUGUGAUUGGUGGACCAGACUUUGAGGAAGGGCCACAUUGUGCUAUCAAGGAGGAUGAGUUCUUUGAUGCAGUCGAUGCAAGUCUUGACAAACUGGAGGAAAAAGUUGAGGAGGAGAAGCAACGGAAAUUAACAGAAGAAGUCACGAAGGAGAUUCCAAACAUUGCUUUAUCACCAUCAAACCCUCUUUACCAGGAGAUUAAUAAUGAGGUAAGCAAGCACCUGCUGCGCAUGGAUGAGAAGUGUGAGGAUGGGGAGGACACAUGGCAGGUUAUUGCUGAGGAGGGAGACCUCAAGGUCUACAAACGUGAGAUUGAGAUUGAUGGGGUAGUCGUCGAUCCUCUCAAAGCCACACACAUAGUUACGGGUAUCACAGGACAUGAAGUGUGUCACUAUUUCUGGGAUAUUGACGUCCGACUGGAGUGGGAUGUUACACUGGAGUCGAGUGUGGCGACAGAGGUACACUCUGAAGAUACCAUUGUUAGUCAUAACAUCAUCAAGCGAGUGUGGCCGACCUCUCAGCGUGAUGCUCUCUUCUGGUCACACAUCCGUCACGUGCCAAGCUCUCAGGACGAAACUCCUGACCGCUGGCUGGUAGUCAAUGUGUCCACUAAUCACCCUAAAGUCCCAUCCAACAAAUUUGUCCGAGUAACCAUGAAUGUGGCGAUGAUAUGUGAAACAAUAAUAGAGCCACCAAAGGAUGGCAGCGAUAUUACACGAGACAACAUAAAGUGUAAAAUUAGCUACACUGCUGAUGUAAAUCCCGGUGGAUGGGCCCCGGCCUCCGUGUUACGAGCAGUAUACAAACGAGAGUACCCCCGCUUCUUGAAAAGAUUCACACAGUUUGUUCUGGAUAAAACCAAAGACAAACCUAUUCUCUUUUAAACCAGCAUCAACAACAACAUCAUGUUAGAGUCCUAGUAAGGUGAUAACUCCCGCCACUGGUAAUGUAAACAGACAUACCCUCCAAAGUCUUACGGCUGUGUGUUGUUGUGACAGAUAUGUUGAUUGUUAGUCAGGGUACCACACAGAAGAUGUUCCUACAGCAAGUCAGGGUACCACACAGAAGAUGUUCCUACAGCAAAAAUAUCAAGGAGAAGCCUUCAAAGGGAGUUUUUAUCCUGUGAAUGUAAAUGAAGUUACUUAAGUGGAAGAGAGGAAAGAUUUCCUGAUGAAAACUUGUGAGAGAUUCCCCCAGGAGAAUUACUGCUUCAGAACAUGUUGGUCUUAAGCUUGGGAGAGUUGUCUUAUCUUUAAAAACAGAUGUUUUGUUAUUUUUAUUAUGAAUUGUUCAGAAACUGAUUUAUGAUUAUACAAUAUGAUGUAUAUGUUGCUUAUCUAGCAACUUGCCUGGAUAGAGUUCUAAUUGCUGUUUCUAAAACACUUCUAAUCUAUGAUAGAUGUCUAGUCAUGUUAUUUUGCUGGAAAAAUAUUGUUGCAGAUUUUGUUAUAUUUUUAUGGUCAGCAAAUAAUGUUAACAUUCAAAAUCACUGUACUUUUUUUGUAGUGAUUUUUAAUCAAGAUCUCUUAACAGCACUAAUAUUUUUUUUCUCAAGUCAAAAUUUUUAUGAAAAAAAUUAGAUAAAAGCAGUAUAUUUAAUGUGUCAAUUAUAACAAUAUCAGUUAAUUGUUGGACUGUGUCUUGUAGACAAGGGGCACAAAUUAAACAAGGCACGCCUUCAUGUCAUCUGGCACAGCUUAAUUUAAGCACAUAAUAUUAAUAUAUCCUCGAAUGACUCGUUCAAAAAUAAAUCCAGAAUUCUAUUGAAUCUGAUGUGAUUUUUUUUACCAAUAAAAACUGUUCAGGGACAUAACAUUUCUGAGACUUAGUAGAUAUGGGUAUGUAUCAUUCAAUAACAACAUGUGUUAUAUAUUGAAUAUGUGAGGGACAUAACAGGAGGUCGGGUGUUCAGAGUGAUUUGAAACUAUUGUAUAGUAUGAAAGUUUAUAGAAUGGAAUAAUAGUAAAUUAUAAAACCACAAAUUCAAGUGUGUGAAUUUGGAGUUUUCUGCAAAAAUAAAUGCAAAAAUUAAAUAAUUUAGAUGAAAAUUUAUUUAAUUUUCUAUAAUAUGAUGUUAUGUAUACAUGUAUAUAGAGUAUCCUAGUAAAGGAAGGUCUGAGCUUAAUUAUUAAAUUUCACAAAUUCAGAUGGCAGAUUGAAAACCAGUAUACACCAUGUCAUCUGUGUUGUACACUAUCAUACAGGACGAUUGAUGAUAUUCUGUCAUAAUAACAACGUUGUAAAUAAGUGUCAUAAAGGAAAAUACACAUAUAUACAAAUGUAUAAUCAUUGAAUUAAAAUGCUUUCUUGCAUAUUCACAUUGUAAUCAAAGUCUGUGUCAGGAAUGAAACAUGUUGGAUUAAUACAUAAAUGUGUGUUUAUUCAAAAAGACAUUCUGGUAGAUAUAUAUAUCUGAAAUAUAUAUUUAUUCACUCUCAAUUUUCUCAAUAAAACGAAAUCUUGCUUAUAAUAGAUACACCGUAUUUUUUUACCAGAAAAUGAAGUGUAAUUUUCAUACGUGUAUAAGGAAAUCCCUGUUCCCUUGCCCAGUCAGCAACAAGCUGCACUAGACAAAUCACCACUUUUACAUUUAGAGUGUAAAUGCUUGUAUGUAUAAGAGGACGUUGAGUGUGAAUGUGUAUGUAUAUCUUAUAUUGUAAAAUUCAAAAUAAAAUAAAUUGAACUUUAUUUAUUUUACUUCAUUUGCAAAACCAACUUAUAUCAAUCGCUCUUGUUGGGUCUAAUCGAAGCGCGUAAGGGGUCUUACUGUGGGAGGAACCGGAGUACCGAAGAAAUUAAUCACUAUCUUAUCAUAAGAGAAUAAGUUUUGAUGAUAUAUAUAGUUACUGUUAAUAUUGUAAAAGAAAUGUUGCAAUCACAAAUUUAUCAUCAAGUCUGGAAGUAAAGAUUUUGAAUUAAGUAUAUUCUGAAAUAUAAUUACUCUAUUAAACCUGUGCUGCAUAAGAUUUAGAGAGGAAUUGAUUUUAGCAAUACCAUGUAAGUUUUAAAAGAUGUGAGAUAGAAAUCAAACUUUGAUUUAUAUAUGGAGUCGGAUAUUUCAUUUCAUUUUUGAACUACUCUAUGUGUUACUCAUGCAGAUUAUUUUCAUUUAUAAUGAUGACUGUUACAGACAUCAGGUGUAUAUUUUUUUGUUGAUCAUCCCAAAAAUACAUACUGUCUCCAUAUAUUCUUCUGUUUGAAUCCUAAGGUAUUUCUGUUUUGUUUUUAGCUUGUCGGUAUGAAGUCCUGGGUAGCUGUUGCUAUAGCACCGGUGUUGGUGUUGGCGUUGUCGUCGUCGUCUCUAAGACAGCUAGGUUAAAGUUUUUAUAAGAUAGCGUUACGUCAAAGUUAAUGAUACAGCUAAGGUAUUUGACAUGUGUGUUCCUUGUUAAAAGACCUUUCCAUAGGUACUGCAAUUGCAGUCCUGCUGACCUUUACCGUGACCUUUGACCUACUUUUAAAAAAACUAAUGUUGUCUUCUGACAAUUCUUGUUGAGAGUUCCCAAUCACAUAUGUUUCCAACAAAGUAUUCAUUUAUCUAUAUAUAUAUACUGUAUUAUGCUCAAUGUCAUUUUAUCAAUUGUUUACAUUUAAACAUGUACUUUUUCAGGGAUAAUUCUGGGUCAUGAACUUAUGGGAGAAUUAUAAGGUUUUGAAGAAAGUGGAUAGGAUUUUCUUAUGUCAUUUAGUACAUUCUGAAAAUUUUAAUGAGAUUUUCAGCAAAAUAAUUAAUAAAAAAUCCCAAAUAUAGGCCCAAUAUUAUCCUGGAGUUUUUUUGUUCUUCAUGCCAUUGUAUCAGAAAGUCACACGAGAAGUCAUGCAUUUUCAAUAUUGAAAAAAAGGGGAGAGGGGGCCGGGGAACACCAAGAAAAAAUAAUGUAAAAGCAUGAAUUUCUUUCAAAGGAAAAUAUAAAAAAAAAAAAAAAAAAAAACUUGAAGACUUUUCUGCAGGGCCUUUCUGCCUUCAUAGGUUUGUACCAUAUAAAGAUAUACCAGCUAUUUAUAACUUCUGAAUACCUAUCCAUUUAUCUUCCAUUUUGCUCUUUGGAUAUUGUUAAAGCUGCGAUAUUAUUGAGACAGAAUUCAAUUUUUUCACUUAAAAAUAGGUUGUGUUAAAAUAAGGUUGUCAGUAUGAUCGUUUAUGGUUUUUGAGCCAUGAUUUUGUUUAUUGAUCAUUGAAUGUACACUGAAUCUUACGGAAGAGAACACGAUGUGAGACACUACAUUUGUCUUUGAUCCUCCUAACAAGAAUCAUUAUCUGGAUAAGACAGGAUAUAUCGGAAUAACAAUGGGUCACUCUGUACAUAUGUGUUAUGGUAGAGAAUGUACAGAUCUACUGUAACAUCAGAGGAUCACUUAAACCUGCAGCUUUCUGAUUCUAUGAUGUCCAUAUAUUCCAAAUUGAUACUGUGAUAUUCUGGGCAUUUCACAAACAUUUGAAAUAAUUCAAAUGAAAAACACCUUUUCCAGUAUUAUGAAAUCAUUUCAAAGUGCAGAGCCAUUAUUUCUAUUAAUCAUAUAUGUAUUAUGAUUAUUGUGAUAUUUAUUUUGUGUCCUAUAAAUUAAGAGGAGGUAUAUUAAUACAAUGCUUGCUUAUGUAAUAUUUGCAGCUAUGCUGUAGGGAUUCAGGUGAAGACUGGGCGCCACUUGUCAUGAGCCAAUUGCUUUAUCAAGUGUUUUCAUUGGAAAACUAAUUUGUAAUGAGCAUGUAUUUACACAAUGUGUAGCAAAUAUGGUCGUGCCUAUGUUAUUUUUCAAUAAUGAUAUAUCGUAGAAACCAAAUUAACAUCUUUUCCUUAUUUAAUAUAAUAUGUUUGUAUUGAAAUACUUUAUUUGGGCAUUUUUAAAGGGAUAUUUCACACAAUUUAAGAUUUCAUAUGACAAUUUUUAUGAAAAUUGCACUAAAUAUCUACUUGGUAAAUUAUGUUUUUAUGGAAAUCGUACACCUCAAUUUGCCAUAUAAACAAACAUAGAAUAUUAAAUUUGUAGAAUUUCUUUAUACCCAGAUCUAGUUAGAUUGAUUUAUAAAUAAUCUUGUGGCCAACUUGUAUCAUAAAAGGCUUGCAAUAUAAUUGACAUGUACAUAAAAAUCAACAAGGAUUACGCCAAGAAAUUCCUUACGAAACACUGAAAUUGCGAUCCCUGCUUGGAUAAACUGAUUGUAGGAAAUAAAUUUUGAUGCUGACGAUAGUACUAAAAAGUCAUUUUUACAAGGGCUCUUGUGGAAUAUCCCUUUAAGGUGUACAGCGACUUAGGCCAAUUUUGAUCUUUGUAAAUACUGGAUUACUUCCCUUUAGAUAAUAAUUAUAUCAUAUUGUCUGAAUUAUGCUCUCACAUACUAGUAUUUUAUUUUAACUUUCCAACGGUUUUUGUGGGGAAAAUCUCCAAAGUAUUUGCAGGAAAGAAACUGAUCAAGAUUAUCUCUUUUAACAAUUUAGAAACUGACUAACAUCAGUUGAAAAAAAUCUGUCACAAUAUUUUGAUGUUAAAUAACAUCAGCAGUAUUUGUCAUGUUCUUUGGGGGGGGGGGGGG